GGGACAUUUCGCGCUCUUGUUUACAAGAUGGUAGAGGAGGAUAUUUCGCUCUGACCCAUCAAGUAAAAGUAUUUAAACUGCCAAAGCUCAGCCGGAUGAAAGCAGAGUGUCUUUAGAUAGUUCAGAGCAGCUUCAAACGGAUUCAGACUCCCUGAAGAGGACUGAAUGUGGAUAAAAAGAGAGUCUGUGUCUCAGACUGGAGAGGGUUUUUUUGCACUGUCACUGACAGUCUGACAGACCAACACGACUAUAUUCCUGUAAAAGCUACAGGUCAGUAAAUGAAGCCGUCCUGUUAUAUACUCUUCUUUUUACCUCUUUAUUAUGUUUAUUUGUGAGAUAAUAAGCUAACUGUGAGAGUUAAAUCAGGAGAGCUUUAUGAAAUCAAAGCAGUGCAGUGUCAGCCAGUCUGCUGUCAAGUUUCUGAGAAAUCACGGUGAUGAUGAAAUGUGGCCUUUGGCAAAUACAUUUAAUGUAACCUAGAGAAAAACACUUAUUUUAACUUCUUGAAACACAGUCUUUCACUGCAGCUCUACUACAUGGAAAUGUAGGCUUUUAAUCUAAAUAUUCCUGUUGUUUUGAAGUUCUGUCCCUAAUAAACAAAGCCAUAAAGCAAAUACAAUCAGUGUGAAAAAUACACCACCUGUGAACUGUUGCCUAGCAAGAAGUACAAAAAUAAGAGAGGGAUAUCAUUUAAAUAUACGGAAUAAAGUCCAGUUGUUGAGAGUAGUUUAGCUGUUUUGUACAUUAAAAAAAUGGGGAUAAAUUGUAAUUUUUUUUUUUCAAUUUGCGAUAUUCAAUAUAUUUCUGCCAAUAUUAAAAUACCCAUUUAAGUACAUCAUUAGCCAGCCAAAGGCUGCAUCUUCCACCACACUGAAAGGCUGGUUGUUGACAGCUUGAUUUCGAGUUGAGUGGUCGUUGCUUUGUUUUUGAGCUUUGUCUGAACAUUAUUGCUUCAGUUUUUAACUUUAUUGAAAAAUAAAGCAGCCCAGAGUAGACAUCUGAUGUAGCGAGAAUAAAUGCAUGGUUUUAUGAGAGUUAAGUUGUAAUGUCAUGAGAAUAAGGUCAUGUUCCUGGAAUUGAAGUUCAUGUGUUAUUAAAAAAAGCUUUUGUCAAUAAAAAGUCUGUAUGUUAAUACUGUUGUGAAGCAACAACUUUAUUUUUGCAACAAAGUUAUUUAUUCUAAUAAUAUUACAAUUUUAUUCUUGUGAUAUCAUGGCCUUAAACAGAUACUCAAAUACCCAGAAUUCAUUUUCGUUUGUCCUUAAUCUCCUAAUAUUGCAACUUUAUUUUUGUUAUACCAUGACUUUACUCUUACAGUCUCUUUUUUUUCAGAGGAUUGUAAACUGGGCCUGCAGGAGGAUCCCUAAAUCCAGCCGAAUGUGAGUCACUUUAUUGACCAUGUGCUAAUCUAGUUAAUCUAGUAGCUGAAUUUACAUUUAUGCAACUAGUAGGACUUUUAUUCAUUAGCUGAGUUGCAGCCUUUGAUGUUUUUUCACGUAGAAUCAUGGAUGAAAGUAUUGGCACCCCCUUGUUCCAAUGCACAUAAAUGAAAUCAACAUAUGUAUACCAAAAUCAUUUGUAAUUGCAACAAUUCCUGGGAGAAAUGGUGUAUUUCCUUGAAAACUCCAGAAGUGCCAAUAUUUUCGUCCAUGACUGUAAUUGUAAUCUCUGUGGCAUCAUUCAAGACGGGUUUCCACCAAAAGUAUUAAAAGGUUCCCUCAAGCUUCUUUUUAAUAAAUUGUAAUCUGCAGUUCAAGGUAAAGACCUUCACCUUUUCAUUUCAUGUACCUCCAGGUUUUUUUUUAAAUUUGUUGCUUACUGCUGUUUGAUAAUGAAGUUCACAGGAAAGACCCAUCAGAGUAUUGUAGACAUGAAGGCAUGGUUAUCAACACACCCAUUUGCUCUGCAAAUUUUCCAAAUAUUGAUAAUACUCAACCAUUUUGUAAAUGUUCUCUCCAGCUGCUAAACCCAACCACAAAAUCCCUUUACUUAAUAAGGUGCUACCUUCUGAGCAGGAAUCCUUUUUGGUCCAGAGUAAAUUGUAUAUGACUUAAGUUGAUCCCUUUGGUGGAAACCUGCUCUAGACCUCUAAAACUUAAAAGUAUGCAGUGUUUAUCUAUUGGCUCUGUCAUGUAGUGAAAUGUUGUAUAUAUGAACCUGCAUUGUUUAACUAUCCUACACAGGAACAGAGCGGCUGCAAAGCAUCUAAUUGAGCGCUACUUUCGGCAGUUAACUGACGGCUGUGGGAAUGGCGCCUGCACAAAUGAGUUUUGCGCAUCAUGUCCCAAUUUUCGACCUUUGGACAACAAUUCAGCAGCAGCCAAAGCGCUUGAGCUGUUUAAGAUUAAUGCCAAACUCUGCAAUCCUCACCCCUCCAAGAAAGACUCCAGUGACAACGAGGACGAGAGCAGCAGUAAGAUGAGCGAUAUCGACCUCUGUGCCUCCAAAGAAGACUUCUCAGGUACCAAAAAACUGAUUUGGAUUUGAUUGCUUGAUUGACACAUACAAAUAAUUUGGUUAUUUGACUUGAAAUUUUUCAAUGUCAAUUUAAUCUAAUCAAAAUACUUUAGGUUACAUGGGGAGGAUUUAUUGAUAUUCUGAGCAAAUUUGAGCCUUUUCUCAUCAUAUCUCCUUCUAUAUCUAUAAAAUACCUGAAAUGAUCAGAUGUACACUGAUCAGCCAUAACAUCAUGACCACUCAUGGAUGAAAGAAAAAAAAAAAGUAUUAUCUUGUAACAGUCAUACCCUGUUAAUAGACGUGUUAUUUAAGGCAGCAAGUUAGCACUAAUUUAAUGUGUUGGAUCUGAGUCGUGGAAGAAAACGGCCUGAAGGAACUUGAGAUUUUUUGGCCUUGCCUUGAUGAGCAGGAGGAUCUUAUGGCUAACCCCUGUAUGUAAUUAGAAAAAAAACAAUAAUCCAACUGUUCCUUCCUUAAUAUAAGAUUUUUCAGGGCUUUUUCUCCUUUCAAAUGUGCAUAAAUUAGUAAAUGAUCACCUGGAUAUACAAACAAUUUUGUUUUUCAUUCAUUUAUGAAGCUUUUAUAUUUGUACAAGAAGCUGCUGUCCUUCCACAGAGGCUGCCAUCAUACACUGCCAUGUUUCUACAAUAGCACAUAAUCCACAAAUUAGUAACAUUUGCAUUUCUGUUUUUAUUGAGUGGAUGGUGCACCAUAUGCACUGGUUGGAAGAUAUUUUAUUUUAUUUUAUUUAACCUGGAAUGUCCCAUUGAGAUUAAAAACCUCUUUUUCAAGGGAGUUCUGGCCAAGAGGCACCAAAAAGUUACAGUUUCAACAAUGGCAUACAAAUUAGAUAAAACAGUUACAGGGUAAGGAGGCUGUCUCAAGUGCUCUCAGUCUGGAUUUUAAAUCAUUCAGUGAGAUAAGUUCCAUUAGUUUCCAGAGCAAAGAUAAAAAGGAGGUGGGGAAAGUUGUUGUAGUGGUGGCUUUUUUCAGCCAAACCUUCUCAGAGGUCAUACUUUUUAUGUUUGACAAGCACCCAUUGUCCUAAAAGGCCAUCACUCUACAGACAGCAGGGGUGAGUAGGGGGGCAAUUCAGUCUAGAAUUUGACCACUGGGACUGUUGGCUCUGCCCAAUUAUACGCACUGUGCCUUUAAGGAAUAAUGAUCAUUCAAGUAAAUGUUCCAAUCAAAACAAUUAAAACCUAUAUCGCUGAUUUUUAUUUAGUUAAUUAAUAAAUGUUUUCAAAGAAAUUCAAGCAGCCCUCCAGCAGGAUUUUUCUUACAUUUUCAGACUAAAAGUCCCCCCCCCCAGUUUAUUAGCAACACAUUUACCCUGUUAAAAAUUGCAUAAUGCCCCUGAUUAUUAUUGUUGAGUUCACACUAUUUACGAACUUUUAUUUGAGCUUGGUUUGAACGCAACAUAACAGUGCCUAUAAACUAAUUUGUAUUUUUCCUCAGAUGUUCAUUACCUCACAGAGAACACGGUGUGUAUGCUCCUGAGUUCCUGUGAGGAGAACGGAGACUACUCAGCUCUUGUACGUGUCAUCGGCAAAGUAUUUUCCAGCACAGAGUCCCUGAUGAAAAGUUUCAGGAAGGAUGAACCCAACGCUGCCGAAAACUCUUUGAAGCCAACAGAUGUUGACGGGACGGAUGGCCAAAGUGAAGACACCUCAGAUAAACUGGGUGCUGCUGCUUUACCAGAAGACAGUCCUCAAAUGGACGACACUGUGGAGGUUAGCGUGGACAUUGAAGCCGUUCGGAGAGUCUAUGACAAACUUCUUACCAUCGAGCAGGUGGAGGCAGCUCUCGUAAAUGCAAUCAUUUACCUCACUCCAAAUAUGGAACUUGACCUGGAAUACCUUGAUGUGUACGAAACAAACCCAGAUUAUCUGAACAUCUUCAUCAUUGUGAUGGAGAACACUAACCUCCACAGCCCAGAGUACCUGGAGGUUGCAUUGCCUCAGUUCUGCAAAGCAAUGAGCAAACUACCCGUGAAGGCACUUGCAAGAUUGUCAAAGCUGUGGUCCAGGUAUGAACUCCCCCACAUUCGUCGUAUGAUGGAGACCUUCCAGCAGCUCAUCACGUUCACAGUCGUCAGCAAUGAGUAUGACAGUGAAAAUCUGGUAAAUGAUGACGAGACGGUGGUGACUGCUACUCAGUGUUUAAAAGUUGUCUUCUACGCAAGUAUCCAGGCUGGAGAUGUGGAUGUGGAGCACAACGAGGAGGACGAGGAAGACUCUGAGUCUGAUGAGCUCACCUUGCAUGAACUGCUUGGUGAGGAGCGACUCUAUAAGAAAGGUCCCCGGGUGGACCCUCUAGAGAAAGAACUGGGCGUCAGGCCUUUAGACAGCAUAAACCCUCUCAUCCCUUUUGAGGACUUCAUCAAUGAGUCCGUGAAUGAGGUGGUGGAGAUGGACAAGGACUUCACCUUCUUCAAAGUUAACGCAGAAACCAAGUUUUCUUUCCAGACCUGCCCCUUCAUCCUUAGUGUCAUCACCAAGAGCCAAGGGCUGUACUACGACAACAGGAUCAGGAUGUACAGCGAGCGUCGGCUCACCGCUCUCUACAGCAUGGUCCAGGGUGAGCAGCCAAACCCAUAUCUGAAACUCAAAGUACGCCGAGAUCACAUCAUCGACGACGCCCUUGUCAGAGUGAGUUACAGCCUGUUAUGUUUCUGUUGCAUUUGUCAGGUUAAAGGUUUUAUUACCUGAAUUCAUGUGCUAUAAAUUCAACUUCAAAAUCUUUCUUUGUCCAUAGCAGCACCCUGUAGGAAUGUGGAACAACCGCCAGGUGGUAGCUGUAGCACACCUGAAAGGUUUUUGGUAAUUGCCAUUAAAUAACACAGCAGAAGAGUAGACAAGAGGUGCACAAAAAAGUAGCGCUGUAAAAUGCAGUGCAGAAGAGAAAUGCAAAGCUUUCCUGCAGCUAUCAGAGAUUUCUGUGGAGAGUGUCUGAACAAAUAGACAAAAAUGAGGUUAAGGUCAAACUGGCACACCUGGGCUGCACAUCACAUUAAUUUCUGCUAUUUUUAUACAUAUCACUUCUGCAUACAAAUCACAUGCAAAGGGUCUAUUUUAUCAGCUGAAGACAUCUCUCAUGAAUGCUGUCAUGAUGGAAAUAGGUUAAGGCCCCGUUUAUACGUACCUGAUUAUUUUAGAAAACUGAGACGUUAACCAUCGUUUGCACCCUUCGUUUAGAGGCAAAUGGAGAAUUCGCCCCUGAAGCGAUGCUUUUUAAAAACUCUGGCCAGAGUGGAGAUUUUGGAAAACUUUGUUUGCACAUUUGCGUGUAAACUGAGAAAAACUGAGGUAAACAGAGAUUUGGGUAGCCAACGGCAGAUUGUGUGCCAGAAACUGCGUUAAAUGCAAUGUUGUUUACAAUCUAAAGUCUAUGUUUACAAUCUAUCAUGAUCAUGGAUGCAUGCAGAAAAGAAGUCGCAUUUAUGCUGGUGCAAUCCUUUUGUAUUUGUUUGCAUUUGCAUUUGCAUCUUUUCCAAAAGAAGGAAGUGACGUUGUUGUUGUUGUUGUUGCUGCUGCUCUGUGGGAUUCCGAUUGGUUAAAAUAGGCUUGAGCCUCUCACUACACUGCUGCCUUCAGGUUUGGCAUGCUCUUGACAGCAUAUAUCCACAGGUUAGUGCAAACGAAAACUUAUCUAAAAACGUAGUGGUGUGCACAUGUUUUUUUUUUUUUUUGUAAAAGGAGAGGGUGAAAUGUCCAUUUAUGAAAAUAGCGGGGCACAUGUAAACAUAGUCUGAAUGUUCUGUUCUAAAGAAUCCUGAAUCGCACAUGCUUUACCAAUGAAAUCUCAGUACUUCUGUGUUUGUUAAUGAAGUCAAAUCUUCACCAUGUUUUUCAGCUGGAGAUGAUCUCCAUGGAGAAUCCGUCCGACCUGAAGAAGCAGCUGUUUGUUGAAUUUGAAGGAGAGCAAGGUGUGGACGAGGGAGGUGUUUCCAAGGAGUUCUUUCAGCUGGUAUUGGAGGAAAUUUUUAAUCCAGACAUAGGUGAGACAUGACUGUUGACAUUUUUCUCUUUUAUUAUGACUUUGAAGCCAUGCUAACAGACAGUGAAAGGAUGAUUAAUGGCAUGUUAUUGCCAUCAUGCCCGAUAGGGAUGGGCGAUAUUGGCUAAAAAAUUUAUCACGAUAAGAUUUGCCAUUCUGGCGAUAACGAUAAAAGUCCCGAUAAAAAAUUUUGUAAUCCCAAUCUAUAUUUUUGACUCAUAUUGUCUCACGAACACCAGUUGGAAUAAGAUACUUAACCACAAGUUUGAAUGGUAGGUUAUGGAGAAAACAAAUGACAUCAAACAAAUCUGAAAUGUGAAAACAUUUUCAACAUUUGUGAAAACUCUCGUCACACAGAGUGGACAGCAGCAGAUCCACUGUCCGAUGUCAGGCAUACCUGAUUGAGCUCGUCUAAGCCCCAAUCUUGAAGGAAAUCUCUCAUGUGGAGCAUCGUUCAUAACGAGCUGCUCAGAAACCUCUCCUUCAUUACCUUCGGCCAUGUUUGUUUGUUAUUCUGCUCUAUGUGGGCUAUGGCUGUCAUCAACUUUCAUUUAUCCUAUUUAUCAUGAGAUGGCAAAUAUUUAUCAUGGAGGAUUUUUCUGAUGAUUUAUCGUGAACAAUAAUUUAUCGCCCAUCCCUAAUGCCCAACAUACAAAGGAGAAGCUGAAAGUGGCCUUAAAGGCAUCAAAGGUUAGAAAACAUGUCCACCAGCAUCUCUGAACCUCUUGUUUAGUUGUGGUUAUAACUCCACAAGGACAGCGAAGUGUAGAUACAUCAAGUUGUUUCAUAAAGGGUUUGAUGUUAGACAGUUUUCUGCUCUCUGCUUGACAUCUCUUGGUAAAAGCAGCAUUACAAGUGCCUUCUGUACAGAGUUAACAAAAAAAAACUUGUCAACUUCAAAGGGUUGGUGCUAAGCUAGUAAGUGUGGUUUCAUGUUUGAUAAAGUGGUACAAGUGUGUUGCUUUAAUCUAGUGUUGUUUGUUUCUGGAUGAAUUAGAACCCGCACAGACAUCUUUCUUUCGGUCUCAUUUUUACUUCCUGAACAGGAAUGUUCACCUACGACGACAGCACUAAACUCUUUUGGUUCAAUUCCUCUUCCCUGGAGAACGAAGCUCAGUACACUCUUGUCGGACUCGUUCUGGGGCUGGCCAUUUACAACAACUGCAUCCUGGACGUACAUUUCCCCAUGGUGGUCUACAGGAAGCUCAUGGGCAAGAAGGGAACCCCCUCGGAUCUAUCAGACUCACACCCAGUACAGUAACUCCCUCCAUAAUUAAUACAUGCUGAAAGACACUGCCUCAGUUCUGUCCCACAUUUUUAGGAUUGGUUGGGUUUGUCAGAAAGCCUCCCUCACUUUAUCAGUACAUUUCCUUAACAGAAGAUGGUCGAACUGUCCCUGAGCUCUACUUAAUAAGUGAAAGGACAUCUAAUGUGCUGAAUUUCCUCCAUUUUUAUGGGUGGUUGUUUUUGUUGGUGCACUUGAAGGCUGUUGAGAUUCGGAGUGUGCUCCUGUUUUGCUUGUUGCCAAAAACCAUUCCUCACUCUUUGAUCAGUGCAUUUCCUUAACAGGGGUUGUUUUUCUCUGUUCUUUUUGCAGAGCCUUUACCAAAGUCUGAAGAAUUUGCUUGAAUAUACCGGGGAUGUAAAAGACGACAUGAUGCUGACUUUCCAGAUCUCACACACGGACCUUUUUGGGAACCCGGUCUUACACGACUUAAAGGAGCAGGGAGAACAGAUCCCUGUUACCAAGGAGAAUAGACAAGUAAUGUGUCUGAAACAACAACAACAAUAUACUGUGUGAAAUACAAAUAAGUUUACUGACAGGGUAUGAUACUCAUGUUUAAUUCUGCCUCCUUAACGUAACACAUAAAAAGAUAUCUGACACUUUCUUCUUUAGGUCUUGAGAAAGUGUCUUUGAGAUCCAUUUCUGACCUGCUGAUCUGUCUUGAAAUUCUUGCAGUAUAUUCAUACAUUUACAACUCAAAGUAACAGGAGCUUGAAGUAAGGGUGUCCCAAUACAACUUUUUGACCUCUAAUACCGAUAUUGUAGCUUUCAAUAUUGACUGAUACAGAUAUUGAUCUGAUAUUGGCACAAAAUUGUGCAUGACAAGUUUUUCACUCAGCUGCAACGUCUUUUACAGACUUAAAUAAAAGAUACUGCCACACGGCUGACAUCACUCUUACUCCUUGCUACUUUGUUAGUACCGUCUAUCUGCGAGAUAGAGGUGACGGAGCUGAGUCUGGAAUGGACUGCUUGUAUCAGAGUGCUGAUAUCAGAGAUUAUGGAUGCAGGGCAAUAUAAUGCUUUUUUUUUGCUGAUAUUGGACCGAUAUCCAAUAUCAAUAUCGUAUCAGGACACCCCUAGCUUGAGGCACACAGAUUGAGAGGAAAUUAUAUAGCUGCAGUUUUUUAAGAUGACACUCUGCAUUUCACUUAAAAUACCCCGAUUCAGACUUGAUUCAAAAUCUUAAUCUCUGCUAAUGAAAAUCAUUUGUUUUUACUUUAUUUAUGAAAAAUGCAGAAAAAGGACUGAUUGCGGUGUAUUUCUUUCCCUUCUCCAAUCCACAGGAGUUUGUGGACCUUUAUGCUGAUUACAUACUGAACAUGAGCGUGGAGCGACAAUUCAAAGCCUUUAAGAAAGGUUUCCUCAUGGUCACAAAUGAGUCCCCGCUCAAGUAUUUGUUCAGACCUGAGGAAGUCGAGCAGCUUAUCUGUGGAAGCAGGGUGAGGAAACAAGGCUAUUUAUUUGCAGUUUAUGUUUGCUAAAGAUAAUUUUUGAUAACAAAACAAUUGAAAAGUUUAUUUACACUUUCAACCCUUUUCAACCUUUUCAAGACAAAGGAGAGACUGGUACAAAAGGAAUAAAUAAAAAAUAAACACAGUGGUUUCUGAAAUAACUUAAAACUGGCAAAAAAUAAUAAGAAAUAUUAAUUUACCAAACAUUGACUCAUGAAAAUCAAAAUGCUUUUGAAUUGUGGCUCAACAGAAUCAUAUAAGUAAGAAGGAUGACUUACAAAGCAGUCUCUCUGGAUUUCACAGAAACUCGACUUUGAAGCACUUGAGAAAACCACAGAGUAUGACGGCGGUUACAGCAAAGACAGUCAAAUAAUCAAGUGAGUCUGACUGAUGCAUUUAUUCCACUCACUCAUGCACCCUUUGACUCACUUUCUGAAGUUGCAAGAAGAUUUCAUCAGGCUGUAAAAAGUCUUCUUUUUCUGCAAACAGAGAUUUCUGGGAGACGAUUCAUUCAUUUGGAGAAGAGCAGAAGCGGCUGUUUCUUCAGUUUACCACCGGCACAGACAGAGCACCAGUUGGAGGGCUUGGGAAAUUAAAAAUGAUCAUCGCCAAGAAUGGGUCUGACACAGACAGGUACACAACAAUGGGCUGUCAGGAGGUUUAGUCAGAUUUUGGCCUUGGCCUCUUUAGUUUUAGGGAGUUAAAACAGGGCAUGUUCCUUAUCUUUUAUGACCAAAACAGUCUAAAAAUACCCUAAACUGACACUGUGAUGCUUCUCUGUUGUUUUGUCCUUGCUCCAGUCAAACAAAUACGUUUCGAAACACCCUGUACUCACCUGAACACACAUGAUAAGCUUGUUUCUGUUUGCGUUUGUCCCCUUUUUCGUGCCAAACCCAGCAGUGCUCUAACUUUUCUUUCUUUACUUUCCUGCAGGCUGCCAACUUCUCACACCUGCUUUAAUGCACUGCUGCUCCCAGAAUACUCCUCCAAGGAGAAACUGAGGGAGAGACUCCUCAAGGCCAUCACUUAUGCCAAAGGAUUUGGGAUGCUGUGACGGAUCCAGUCAGAAAGUUUUUCGAUUUUAGUUCAAACAAAGGGAGAUUAAAGGAACGCUGAGGGAAAUGACAUGAAACAAAUGCUGCAAUAAACCUGUGCCUAACCAGCCUCAUACGCCGCUCUCAGCCUCUCACUCCAAGGCCUUAAAUCCAUUGAGAGGCAUUUUUUAAAAGUGCUGAAGUAGAAAAAAGUGCCGGUAUACCCCCCUUAUUUAAAUGUUGGUGUGUUGUGCAGCUAUUAUAAGUAGAUCAUUAGUAUGAUGCUCUAAAUUUCUAUAGUUAACAAAGGAUGGCAGGAGAUAAUGCGGAUCUUCACAACAUACAUACAUACAUUCAAACAAAGAAACUGCAUCAUCCUGCUCCAGUCAGAUAUUGGUGCUCUUUUGAAGCAAGGCCGACCUUUCUUUCAUCCUAUUUAUUACUCAGAGUUUUCUCACAUUUCAAACUCUGCAGAGAUUUGCACACAGGGUCCAAAAUUAACUUUUUGACUCACUUGCCCAGGUGGGAGGUAGUGAAAAUAAUCUAUAAAUUUACCAAUUACAAUUUUGUGUCACAUACACAUCCAUUUUAGCACAUUAAAUCAAGGUGGUAAGGUGUUACGUUGAGUACAAACAUCAAGAGGAGGCGAGAGGAGAAUUAAUUUAAAGCUUGUGUGGAAUUUUUGACAAAAUAGAUAAAAUAGACUGAAAUUCAUAUUAAUGCUUUUUUAUGAUAUCCAAACAAAGCAAACAAGACCUUUAGGGACAAGAUUAUCGAGAUUUUUUAUCAAGAUUUUAAACCUGAAACUGUUAUGGGGGGUCUGACCAAACAGCCCUGUUUUUACAAUUACCACAUAAAUAUAUCUCAUUAAAGAUAUAUCAGCAGGAUAAGAUCACUUGUCGGGAGACACUGUUAAAGCAUGAAGAGGACAAGAUAAGCAAGGACUGCUUUGUUGACAGGGGUUGCUGUAAUGGACACAAACUUAAAGUUCCUCACAGGGAAGGGCUUUGGCUAAUCAUACAUCAUACUUUCAUACUUUUCAGAAAUUACAUCUAUUUAUGUCAUUGCGUGUUACUGCUGAUUGCAUAACUAUUGUAAAUUACCAUAUAUACAACUCUGUUUGCAAAAUUUAGUUUUGCACUGCUCCACAUAAAUCCCACUAUAUUAAAUGUAGCAGUCUGUGAUUCUUUUCCUCACAAAAACUUGAAUGUGCUCGUUACGCUUUGAAUCCUCCCUUGGAAAAAACAGUGAUAUCAGGCCUUUGGUGAUAAUAGAAAAAAAAAAAAAACACUUAAAUGCAGAGCUAUGUGAAAAUGAACAGUAAAAUGGAAAAAUCCACAUGCACUUCUGUAUGUGGCAGGUGUUAAUUUUGGACCCUGCUUUCAUCUUUGCACUAAUUUACACAGACAAGUGAGCAUCACAUAAGGAAUACAAAAGAUCGUAAGCAUUAGCUAGUGCGCCAUGUGAGAUGUCUUUUUGGUGCUAUCAUGAAUCAUCAGGAGGAACUGUACUACAAAGAGGACAGGAGGGGGUACUGGGUGCUGGUAGGAGGUCUUGUGGGUCCUUUUUGAUUUGUUAAACUGUGAAAGUGCACUUACACACAUGAGUUUUAGUGAAUGUCAGCACAUGCAGUAUAUUUAUUUGUUUGGUUUUUAAUGUUUUGUUUUUCCUCUUAGCUGGAAGCACACAGUUUUCAGUCUCUGUCCUCAUGAUUGAGUGAACUGAUUAAUGGUGCUCCUGGUUGAGAUUGUCACUGUAGUGAAUUGAAGUGAAGCAUUUUAAAAGUAGCAGCACUGACAAGCCAAUAUUUAAACUGUCAGUGUAAGAACAAGGAUAACUCACAGCUAACCUGAGAGUUAUUUUGAAGUAUUUCUGAGUUGAUUUUCCUUUUAAAUCUGCACCGUGUGUCAUGAAAAAGUGAACCCGACUUCACAGUGUGGUUGUAAUAGCUUGCUGGUUUUCAUAAUGUACUGUACUUAACUGACUGGUCGGUUUAAGACUUCUCACAUCCUUUGGUUUGUUUGCUAUGAAGUGCUUUCUGAUUGCACAUUUGUAAGUGAAGUUGCCAAAUGUGCAAUGUUUGCAUAACCGGAAAGAGUCAUAUGAAGUGUUUUGUUUGGCCACAUAUCUCAGGUACAUAAAGAAUGUGCUGAUAAUGUGAAACUCCUACGUAAAGCAAAUAUUAUGCAAAGAAAAUAAAAGAGAAAAAUUAAACGUGUCGAUUGGAUUGAUUAAAUGUUCACCAAGAAUGAGAAGGAAGCUUGAAGCCACAUAUCAUAAUCCUACCAGCAAUGAGGAAGUAUUCACGAUGUUAGAGAGGUAGAGCUUCAGAAUAAAUUCAUAGUUGUAUAUAUUGUCAUUAUGAGCCCAUGCAGUGAUUUCAACUAGAGUUAUGUCUGAUGUUCACUUAGUACUAACUAAGGGCUCAAAAUUCACAACUACCCAGUAUAAGGUAUGAGCCUUGACCCCUUUGAACAGAAGCUGGGAAAAUUGGCAUUGUUGAAACAUUAGCUCACGCGGCCCUUCACAGUGUGGUGGACAUCCUCAUCCUUACCUCUUGGGGACUCAACCUCUCUGUGGAACACGCUCAUCAUUCCAAGUCAGAUCACUCACUAGGUGCAAAUUCAUCAACCUAGUUUUGGAGGUGAUACAGAUUUUUCUAAUUUGGCAUUACAGAACUUUUUAUCUUGUUAAUUUUGCCUAAACUGUUGACAGAUGUGCUACUGAUGUCACAUUUAAAAUAAGCACACAUUUUGUAUGAAAUAACAUUUUUGAUGUAGUCUUGGACCUAUUUUUCAGAAUAUAUGGAGUUUAAAUUGUCUGCAAACCAUCAAAAUUCCUAUCAACAUUGUAUUUAGUUUCUUAACUUAUCUUUGGAAUUGGGGUUGUAAGCCUACAUAAUUUGAUAUUUCCUUGAGUUUAAAGAAUGCACUUAAGUAAAAAUAAAAAAUAUAUCCUUGUCUGAAGAGUUAAAAACACUGGCCUUUUCUGUCCACUAGAUGACACUGUUGAUCAGAUUAUGCCAGAGAAUUCCCUUUUUGUACAGAAAGAGUGAAGCAAAGAGACUGCAAACUAUCUUCCAAAAUGGCUGACAUACCAAAAAUACAGUAUCAUAUGGAUAUCUUUUUAUUUUAUUUUUUUGCAUCAUAAAUAGGACAUUUUUUUUCAUUUCAUUGAUUUUACAGGGACUUGUGUCAGAAGUUGUAGUAGAUGCUACAUCCAACAGAACUGGAAUACAUAGAUUUCAUUAUGAUUCUACAAUUCUCUCCAUUAAGAGCAGACAGUACAGUAAAACAGGGCGUGUGUGAGUAGGUACACUAAGCUGACACCCGUGGAGCUGCAGUCCUUCCAUCUUGUGUCACCCCUAAAACAACUGUUAUGGUCCAAACAUGGCUCUGACACAAAAGUUAUCUCUGAAGAAUACCAUCCUUAUUACUGUAAUUAUUGUGAUUGUUGCACAGUCACCUUCACUAAAUAUAGAUGACAUAAACUUUGUGAAGAAAUGGCUUAACAAACUUCCAAAUAAUUUUCUCACUUCUAAACUCUGCCCUCUGUCACUGAAAGGAAAACCAGCUGAAAGAGCACUCUGAUGAAUUUAUAACAAAGCUUAUGACUAGAUAUUUCACUCUGCCUUUUUGUCUACAGCUGAUGAAACUCAUUUUAAAAUUAUGAAGGAAAUUCAUAACGAAUUCCCCACACAAGGAUUCUACAUUGAGAAGAAUAUUUGUGUGUUUUGUUAUUCUGAUAUUGAAAAAUUACAUCUGUUUUUUGCUUAUGGAUAUACCAGAUCCUUCUGGGACUCAUGUAAGACAUGGAUCUCUGGAAAGGACUCUCAGUUACCAUGUUCAGAAUGUAAUCAUUCUGAAUAUGGAAUUUGUAUGAAGGCACAAAAAGGGGAAAUGGUGUACGACACUUUGAAUUUCAUAAACCUACAGGAGUGGAGAAACUUUAAAAAUUAUCUGUAUUGUAUUUUCUUUAAUGAGUUUAAAACGAAAUAGAGAAACUAAGGGGAAAAAAAGGUCAUCAGACACUGUGUAUAACAACAUUUAUUAACAUGUAACAUAAUAAUUUACAUCUGAUAGUGUAUGCUGAUAAUAACUUAAAAAGAAAACUGCAUAUAUGUAUUUCAUACAUCCACAUACAGUACCAAAAUGAUACUCUGAUGCUGUAUUUUUCAUUAAGAAUAAAAAACUUCAAUACUUAUCAGGAAAAAAACACCCCUCCUUAUUCUACGGCUUUAGAAAGCCAUAUUUUUGCAUACACAAGUGCUUCUGAUGAACAUCCUCAAGAAGUUCAUGACAACAUGAAAUUGUCAUAAAUAUUUUCAAUACUGUAAAGAAUACACAAAAAUAUGCAUUUCUGCAUUAGCUGUACAUGUUUUGACACAUGAUGAUAAUAUGAACAGAGACGUACAAAUAGAUACAAACAUGGGCCUUUAAAAAGAGUUGCUGUACUUUUCUACAUGAAAAUUCCUUCAUUCCCUUCAAAGUCCUCCAGUAUCUUUGAAUUUUAUUGUACUUUUUUGUCUUUGUCGGCCAUCACUUCUGACAGAUCCUCGGGUUGUAUGGAUUUCACUUUGGCUUCCAUCUGUGUGACUCUCUGUUUCAUCCUUGUCUGGCUGGAGGUCAGCUCCGCCAUCAGCUUGGCAAAAUUAGUCUGCAGGUCGUCCAGGUUGGUCUGCAGUUUGACAAUCUUCUCCUCCAGGUCUUUGGGAUCUGCACCGGCAUUGGCGACAGCUUCGUCGAUCAGGUUAUCUUUCAUCAGGAUAGCUUUUCCCUUCUCCUCCAGGGCUUUUUUGGCCUCUGGGUACUCAGUGAGAGCUUCCAUCAAGUCAUCUUUGGACAGGGCAAAGAGAUCAGAGUAGCCCACACUUCUGAUGUUGGCUGUUCUCCUGUUACCGGCUUUACUGCCUUUGAUACCCAAAAUACUGAUUUCUCCAAAGUAUGCACCAUCACUCAGCACUACAAACUGAGUGAC